ACACACUGACAGAGAGGAGUGAUAAGAAGUGAGAAAUAGAAAAGAGAGAGAGAGAGAGAGGGAGGGCCAUGGGCUUUCGCCGAACCGCAAAGACGACGCAACCACCUCCCUUUCCCAAGAGGCGCAAAAGGAGGAUGAUCUUUCUUAAUUUCACUCCAUUAAAAUCUUCAUUUCAUCAUUCUUUUAAUAAAUUGUUCUUCAACUUUACUAAUCAAUUUCAAAUCCAACUAUAUAUAUAUAUAUAUAAGCAUAAGAUCCGAAGAUUGAUUGAUAUACAUGCUUAUGGAAGAUCAUCACCGAACAUGAAUUCAAUCUUUGUUCAUGAGACGAUGACGAUGACGAUGACUCAAUCCAAUUUUGUGUGGUGAAUGUAUGCCGUGCAAGUAAAAGCCCCCCUUUCCUCAUCUCUUUGUGUUUCAGCUGCCGAUCGAUUCUGUCUUGGAUCCUUGCCUUAAUCCCUACACCCGAAGAACUAAGCGUAUGCAUUGAUUCUUUGCACAACCAUGAAUCCUUUGUGUAUCAUUGCUUACUGGCAUGGAGGUCAGAAGAUUUGUCCUGUCCGUUGUUUCUGGGGUUUUAGUAUGUACUUGGGUCUAUCAUCGCAUUCUUGGAAGGAUAGUGGUAGUUGAAACGAGGAUGAACUCUAUCUAUAGAUACCUAGUAUUGGCUUCUUAUUGGAUUGGGAAUUGCCUUUCUUUGAACUUUUAGCUGAAUUUAUAGGGUAUUUCAAUUUCCACAGUGAAUUUUUAGCUGAAGUUAGGGGGAAUUUCAGUUUCUGCAUUAAUUUAGUGGCAUGAUAGGAGUUCACUACUUGGGUUUCAUGUGUUUGUGACGAGGAGUUUCAUUUGGCAAAUCUAAGCAGAGAUUUGCGUAUGCAAGGCAGUAGGAAAGGAGACCAUCAACGAGAACUCUUUAUACCUUUUUAAUCAAGAUAAUUAUUUGUUACUGCAAAACUUAGUGAUGGGCUUGCCACAAGUUUCAUCCAGUGAAUCUGCUGAGGAGGCUACAGAGUCUUUGAGAACAUCUGUGCAUAGUCCACCUCGGUUUUUUAAUGUGAGCACUUGUGAUUUGGAUGGAAUGCAUGUUGGAAGCAUUAGCCGAACUGUUGGAGAUUCCUUAUGCUCUUCUUUAGGAGAUUUUCAGGAAACAACCUCCUUGGAGCAAUCAAAGUUGUCAGAUGAUUCCUUUAUGUGUAAAGGGGCCAUGGAUGUUGGAUCCAAUGUACAAGAAUUGAAAAUUGGUUCUAUGGAUGAACUGGGGUUAACACCUAACACUGGUCAGAAUAUUCAGUGUCCAGCCUCUAGGAUCAUGGGGUUUGAGUGUGGUAGGAAGAAUUAUUUUUUUGAUGAAUUAAGUGAGGUUUCGGAUGAUCAUGUUCAUUCUUCUUCUGUGGUUGGUAUCACACUUAAUGAAACUGAGUCCAGUGGGUCACUGGUCAAGAAGCGAUUGUUGUCACCAUUGAGUAGUAUGCUUUCUGCAGAUCAAUUGGGUGUUGAUCCUCUAGAUAUUAGCUGCCGCAACUUUCAAGUAAACUCCCCUGGUAGUUGUAGGGCUCCUGCGGCUCAAGAUUAUAAGAAAGCAAAUACUGGAAGUAGAAACCAUUUGACGAACCAAAUCUGGUCCGUAUGUAAUUGUUCAGAAAGGAAGGAUAUGUUAUACGAUUAUGGUAGACCAGACUCCAUUUUUUUCACUGAUGGUCCUUUAGUAGAGGACAAGGAGGUGUUACCUUAUACUUGUUUAUCUUCACCUGGACAAGAUCCUUUCAAAAAUUUAAUAAAGGUAAGAACCCAGACUGGGGUGAUAUCCAUAUCCCCAGAAAAGGUGAUGUCAUCCCCUCUUUCUUUGUCUCCUCUUGGUCCAAAAUUUUCUGAAACAAUGAAAGCUGCAAGAGGAUGCAGCAAUGUCAGGAAAGAGAUAGGGGGUGAUUAUUUAACCUUUAAAAAGGUGGCACGUUCCCUUGACAAAAAUAUCUCUGGCAUUAUCUUUGCCCCUGAAGAAGAUAAUUUUUCAAGGGCAAGUAAACCAUUUGAAAAUAUUGAUCUUUUGCAAAAAGAGUCCCAUUCGUCUUCCCUGGAAAGUAAUAGUGGAAAAAGUUGGCCUUUGUCUCAUGAUUCCAUACCCCACUGCAUGAAGUUGGGUAGAAGUUUGAGAGGACUUCCUGUUAGGAGGUCAUUGGUUGGUUCGUUUGAGGAAUCCCUGCUGUCUGGCCGGUUGUCAUCUGGAAAAUUCAGUCAGAGAAUUGAUGGCUUUCUAGCUGUACUAAGCAUUACAGGAGGCAGCUUCUCUCCAAAAUCACAGAAACUUCCUUUUGGAGUAACCAGUGUUGAUGGAGAUAACUUCUUACUCUACUAUGCAUCCAUAGAUCUUGGAAGAACUCCAUUGAACAAUUACAGAUUCCAGAAUUUGAAAAGAGACCUUAGUAAUGAUGAUUCACAAGGUGCUAAGAGUCGUUUGCGCAUUCCAGUGAAGGGGCGCAUACAGCUGGUUCUAAGCAACCCGGAAAAAACACCUCUUCAUUCCUUCUUUUGUGACUAUGAUUUGAGUGACAUGCCGGCUGGUACCAAGACAUUCUUGCGUCAGAAGGUUACCCUAGCCGGUUCUGGCCCAACUUCAACGCGGGUGACAGGAGAGCACAGAAAUUUUGACACGAACUACAACGAUAAGGUGACUCCCUUGGAAAGAAGUCAUCCUGACCAAAGUAUCAAAGAAAGUGAGGGCUCUAAUUUGAUAGGUCCAAUGGGUAUAACAAAUUUUUUAGAAGAACACUAUCACAUUGGAAAUAUAGGUUUCCCUUCCCUUAUAGAUCAGAAUGAAUGUGACAACACUCUGUGCCACGGAACUGGUCACAGAGAUUUCAGUUGGCCAGAUUUAUGCCAUGAAGCCAAAGAUAAAUCAGAACAUGCUUGUUCAAAGGUCAAUGAGAAUGCUGCGAGUGGUGGCACUCUACGUUAUGCUCUUCAUGUCCGUUUUCUAUGCCCUUUCUCUAAGAGAAGUGUGAUAUCAGUUCGGAGGUGCAAAUCUGAUCCUCCAUCUGUGCCACAGAAAACAAAGUUAGAUGCUGAUAGGAAAAGGAGAUUUUAUUUAUACAAUGAUAUGAGGGUUGUUUUUCCUCAACGCCAUUCUGAUGCUGACGAGGGGAAGGUAUAUGGUGUUUAUGCUUCUUAUAUUGCAAAUGUUACCAAGUGUGUUUCAUCGAAGUCUGCAAUGUCUUUAUAGUGCUAGCGUGCUGAAGAUCUGAACAGGAAAUAAAUGAAAUCUCUUUUUUUAAUAUCUAAGCUUGUGUACAUGUGUGACAUUUUUUUGUGUGUUUCAUGGCAGUUGAACGUGGAAUACCAUUUUCCAGCAGAUCCAAAAUACUUUGAUAUCAGCAACUGACCACGGUCACAUCCUCUCUCCUGAGUGUAUGGUUCAUUGUCUAUGUAUAUACCAAUAAUAACACAUUCCAUGGGACAUAUCGUCUUGAAAUGGCAGCAACACAAUUUCACCUCUGAAGAAUUUUAGGAACUCACUAAUAAUUUGAUGAAUCGAAUGUUGUUUCUUUUGACCUCCUAAUGGAAAUAGUGGCAAGUGUAGGAUAAAGUCCUGCUUCAGGGCAAUUUGUUGUCUUAAUUAAGGUGGAGUGGUUACAAUUUGAAUGCAUCCCCUAAAAUCCUUGUCUACUGUGUGUAUAGUUUGUGAUUCAGGCCCGUUUGUAAUUGUGGGUUGGGUUUUGGAAGAGAAUUUGAAGUCUGAUUUGAAACUUCAAAUACAAUAUAUUUAUGCAGGUAUAUAUAUUAGGAUAAAUUGAUAAUAAACUAAAAGAGUGAAGAACUCAAUGUUCAAUCAAGAGCUUGUUUGUGAUUUCUUAAAUAAUUGUAUGUAUUUAGAUAAGUAUAUUAUGUAGGUCACAUUAAUUUUUUAUUUUUAUAUACAUCUUUUUAUGUUAAAAAGUAUAUCUAUUUAAAUUACUUUAAUCAAUCUCUAAGUUAAUUUAUAUAUAUAUAUAUAUUUUAUGUUAAAAAUUUAUAAAAUAAAUGAUUCUAGUUAUCAUUAUAUUGCAUGUGAGUGAGGAUUAAAACAAAAAAGAUUGGUAGCUCGAAAUCUGUGGCUCGAAUAUGGCCCGACUUUUAUACCCAUCCACAUAUCUUUGUACACCUCCCUUUGUUAUUCAUCUCAGUUUUACGUUUCAUUUCAAAU